GAAACUAAAGGGAACUCAGGGGCCAGAGGAAACGUGAGAUAAAGAGAGGAGGAGAAAGGCAAGCAAUAGCUAUAGAGUUAGAUAGUGAGAGGGGCAGUGACUGACCAAGCUGGGUACUGGGAGACAGCACAGGGAGAGGAGGGAGAGAUAGGGAGGAGUGAAAGAAGAAAGAGAGGAGAGGGAAAUAGCUGAAAGGAAAGAGGUAGAAAAGAAGUCAAGGCUUAGAGAGAUACACAGAGACAGGGGUGAGACUGAAAGAGAGAGAGAGACGUAGAGAGUGAGAGACAGAAGGAGAGAGAUAGUAAGAGACAGAGACAGGGGUGAGACUGAAAGAGAGAGAGAGAGAGAGAGAGAGAGUGAGUGAGAGACAGAAGGAGAUAGAGGUAGUAAGAGACAGAGACAGGGGUGAGACUGAAAGAGAGAGAGAGAAGUAGAGAGUGAGAAAGUGAGAGACAUAAGGAGAGAGAUAGUAAGAGACAGAGACAGGGGUGAGACUGAAAGAGAGAGAGAGAAGUAGAGAGUGAGAGACAGAAGGAGAGAGAUAGUAAGAGACAGAGACAGGGGUGAGACUGAAAGAGAGAGAGAGAGAGAGAGUGAGAAAGUGAGAGACAUAAGGAGAGAGAUAGUAAGAGACAGAGACAGGGGUGAGACUGAAAGAGAGAGAGAGAAGUAGAGAGUGAGAAAGUGAGAGACAUAAGGAGAGAGAUAGUAAGAGACAGAGACAGGGGUGAGACUGAAAGAGAGAGAGAGAAGUAGAGAGUGAGAGACAGAAGGAGAGAGAUAGUAAGAGACAGAGACAGGGGUGAGACUGAAAGAGAGAGAGAGACGUAGAGAGUGAGAGACAGAAGGAGAGAGAUAGUAAGAGACAGAGACAGGGGUGAGACUGAAAGAGAGAGAGAGACGUAGAGAGUGAGAGACAGAAGGAGAGAGAUAGUAAGAGACAGAGACAGGGGUGAGACUGAAAGAGAGAGAGAGAGUGAGAGACAGAAGGAGAGAGAUAGUAAGAAACAGAGACAGGGGUGAGACUGAAAGAGAGAGAGAGAGAGACAGAAGGAGAGAGAUAGUAAGAAACAGAGACAGGGGUGAGACUGAAAGAGAGAGAGAGAGUGAGAGACAGAAGGAGAGAGACAGUAAGAAACAGAGACAGGGGUGAGACUGAAAGAGAGAGAGAGAGAGAGUGAGAGACAGAAGGAGAUAGAGAUAGUAAUAGACAGAGACAGGAGUGAGACUGAAAGAGAGAGAAAGAGAGAGUGAGAGACAGAAGGAGAUAGAGAUAGUAAGAGACAGAGACAGGGGUGAAACUGAAAGAGAGAGAGAGAAGUAGAGAGAGUGACAGAAGGAGAUAGAGACAGGGGUGAGACUGAAAGAGAGAGAGAGAGAGAGAGAGAGAGAGUGAGUGAGAGACAGAAGGAGAUAGAGGUAGUAAGAGACAGAGACAGGGGUGAGACUGAAAGAGAGAGAUAGGAGAGAGAGACAGGGAGAGACAGAAGGAGAGAGAGAGAUAGUGAGUGAGAGACAGAAGGAUAGAGAGAAACAGAUGGAAAGUGACAAAAGAGAGAGACACAGACAGGGAUAGACAGAAGGAGAGAGACAGAGACGGGAGAAACAGAAAAAGAGAGAGAGACAGGGGAGAGAGAAAGACAGACGGGGAGAAAGAGACAGGGAGAGACAGAAAGACAUAGACAGAUAGGGGAGAGAGAGAGAGACAGGUAGAGACAGAAGAAGAGAGAGACAGAGAUAGGGGAGAGAGAAACAGACACAAGAGAGACAGGGAGAGUCAGGAGGAGAGAGAGAGACAGGGAGAUACAGAAGGAGAGAGAGAGAAGGAGUAAAGAAGAGAGAUAGCGGGACGAACAGAGAGAGGGAGGAAGAUAAAGGGGUGCGAGAAAGACUGAAAGAAAGAAAGUGGGAGGGAAAAAGUGAAAGCUACAGGAAAAAGUGGAAAGAGGGAGGGAGAUUGAAAAGAGGUGGACAGAGCGGGCACCGCCUCCCAAACAAGGGCAGAGAGGCCGGGCUGCAGAUAAGCUGAUGCUGGGGGAGUGAUGGACAAGGAACGCAUCACAGCGUUGAAGAGGUCCUUCGAAGUAGAAGAGGUUGAUCAGUCCCCCAAUCCAACAGUCCCAUCUCGUCGCAUCCAAAAUCCUCUACUAAAAGGAGCAUCAGCUACACCCCAGAAAUUCCAGGACUCUGGGGCAAGGAAUGCUGACCUGAGACAUGCAGAAGCUGGCAACCAGCGCUCUCCCAAAUCCUCACUGAGACGGAUUGAGCUAUCGGGAUCCAGGCACCCUGAACCAAUGUCCAGACGAACAGAGAUUUCCAUAGAUAUCUCCUCCAAACAGGUGGAGAACUCUGCUCCAGGGUUGUCCAGGUUUGGCCUAAAAAGGGCUGAACUUCCUGGACAUAAACCUCCAGAACCCAUCCCUAGAAGGACAGAGAUCAGCCUGGGAAAAGCUCAUGAUCUCCGUGUAGAAUCACCAAGCUCCAAAAUACCAGAACUACAACAGAGGCGAGCAGAAGACUCCAACCCUAGAAGAGUGGAGAUUCAAGUACCCAAAUCCCCAGAGGUUCCUCAAGUCAGACAAGUGGAAAACUCCAUUGCAGCUUCCACUGGAAUUCCUCAAAUAGAAACCAAAAUACUGCCUGUCCAAUUGGAGAUACAGCAGGGAACACCAGAAGUUUGUGAGGACCCUCAAGGAUACGGAGCCAUCAUGACUGAUACUAUCAGGGACAUCGGGGUAAAGCAGGCCCUACCUGCCCGAGCUGUAGGGGAGAAACCAGUGGAUUUCGGAUAUGUGGGAAUUGAUGCCAUCUUGGAGCAGAUGAGGAAAAAGGCCAUGAAGCAGGGCUUCGAGUUAAACAUCAUGGUUGUGGGUCAGAGCGGAUUAGGGAAAUCCACAUUAAUAAACACACUCUUCAAAUCUAAAGUGAGCAGAAAAUCAGUGCAACCUACGCCUGAAGAGCGAAUCCCCAAAACUGUGGAAAUCAAGAGUGUUACUCAUGAAAUCGAGGAGAAAGGUGUGCGGAUGAAGCUGACGGUUAUUGAUACACCCGGCUUUGGAGAUCAUAUCAAUAAUGAGAACUGCUGGAUGCCCAUCAUGCAAUUCAUCAAUGACCAGUAUGAGAAGUACUUGCAGGAAGAGGUGAACAUCAAUCGCAAGAAGCGGAUUCCAGACUCGCGGGUUCACUGCUGCAUAUAUUUUAUCCCAGCUACCGGCCACUCGCUUCGGCCUCUGGAUAUUGAGUUUAUGAGGCGUCUGAGCAAAGUAGUAAAUAUUGUACCGGUCAUUGCCAAAGCGGACACUUUAACUCUGGAAGAGAGAGACUACUUCAAGCAGAGGAUCCGUGCAGAUCUACAGAACAAUGGGAUUGAUAUCUACCCUCAGAAAGAGUUUGAUGAGGAUGCAGAGGACAGACUGGUGAAUGAGAAAAUCAGGGAAAUUAUCCCUUUCGCUGUGGUUGGGAGUGACCAAGAAUACCAAAUCAAUGGGAGACGGAUACUGGGGAGAAAAACCAAAUGGGGAACAAUAGAAGUGGAAAACACGGGACACUGUGAAUUUGCCUGUCUGCGGGACCUUCUUAUCAGGACGCACAUGCAAAACAUUAAAGACAUCACCAGCAGUAUCCACUUUGAGGCGUACCGCGUGAGGAGACUUCAGGAAAGCAACGGCAUGUCCAAUGGCACAUCAGAGAGAGACAACGAGAUGUAACGUCCUGACUUCCAUCAUUCCACCUGCCCAAGUCUGUCUUCUACUCCCAGGGGGAAGGACUCCUUGUGACGUCUGAUUUAUGUGCCAUAGAAUUGGGGGAAGUGACUUAUUUUAGGGGGGAGAGUUCCUCUGAUCUUAAUUUUGUGAUUUAGAAUGUGCCAUAAAAUUCAGAAAACUGUAUGGUGCUCUAUCUAUCUUCUUGACAUUUCAUUGGUCAAAUAGCUUCAUACACUGUAACUGCCCAUUUAGCAGUUCACAAUACCUACCCCACUUUUACCUAAAUUCUUAUUAGGAAGAACUCUCCCCUGAGUGUGUGACAGGUUUGUUUUACGAGAGGCAGAUAGGCCGUGUUUGUUUGAGAGAGGGAGUUUCUGAGCUAGGGUUGCUUCUGUUUGCCAAACUUGUAAGUGGUGAAUUCACACAUCAAAAGUGAAUGUAUAUGCCCCUGAUAAUGUAGUAUUUAUUGCACCAUUAGGAAAAAAGUUUAGGUUUUGGUAUGUGGCAAGUGGACUCAAAGAAAGGGGGAGAACUGUAUAUUGCACCGUUAAAGUGGUAGCGGGAUGGAAGUGAUUGGAAGGUUGAAUUGAAGGGCUUUUAGAGAUGAAUUUUCAGACUGUUCGUGGUCAGGGUUUCGCAGUGAAACCACUGAAGCAUUUAUUAAAUUUGUCUUCGAAAGUAAAUGAUUACCCAUUACUACACAUUUCCUCAAUACAAGAAACCCGUGCGUAAUUUUUUUUUUUUUUUUUUUUAAUUAUUUAAUUUUUUAUAAUAUAUCUGUAGCUCGGUCAUUUUGUGAACUCUCGCACUCCUAUCUUCCCUCUGCCUUCAGAUCUACAUUCAGACUAUGAAAGAGAAAAAAAAUAAAAAAUAAAAAAAAAUAUAAUACUUGUCGAGUUGCUAUAUUUUAGCAAAUAAAGUAUAUUAUCUGAAAGAUAUCUAUUUCAAAUGUUAAAAUUUAAGGUAUGAAGGGGAGGUCGCUCAAUGCACUUCAAAACUCGCCACCCUGUCUGUGUGAUAUUAUUAUAUUGUUGUUCUUUGUCAAAAUGUUUUUUUUUUUCUUUUAGAAUACAUUUUUUGUUUUUGUGUUUUUUGUUUUGUUUUGUUUUUGGAGGGCUAAAAUAAUUAAAAAAAAACAAUAUUUCUUAAAGUGGCCUUUAAUUUGAUUUAUAUGCAUUAUGGAAAACUAGUCUUUUUGUAUAAAUAAUAAAAUGUGUUUUAAAAUGUAUUUCCUAAAAUAAAUGUUGCAAAUGCAAAA